CAUUCCUACAUUUCCAAAGGGGCAGCAAAUGCAUUGUUUAGAAUUACAUAUCGGCAUUAGAAUGCGAGUCGAGAAUGCCACGUCCUGGGUCAGUCACAGCGAAGGGUGCCAGCGGUCAACAUGCGAGGUGCCGCAGCUCUUUUCCUCGUCCUGGCUGUUUCAGGAACGUGUCACGGGGUGGAUAAGCGAUGGAAAAGGACAUGGGACACGGACUCCUUGGAUAAUUGGGAAGGAAGGAAAUCCCCGUGCGAAGGGAAGGCGGCCAUCCUCCCUCGCCAUCCUAGCCAUCCGAUCUUCCUCAGCGAUGACAUUUCACUUGGAUCGCUGGAGUUACCAAUUGAUGGAGAGCUAAUCCUAGGUCAGGAAACGCACAUGGUUUUUGAUGACAAGGCAAAGUCUCACUGUCAAGAUGCCAAAUGGUCACACACUGGCUAUGAUGAAUGGUGGGACCCUGAUGGCUGGUGGUAUCCCGGUUAUGGCAACCCUACCUCCUCACCAGUACCCCACGUCCACCGGGUACCUUGCACGAGGGACACGGCUAUAUUCGUGGAUCCAAACCAGUCCUUGUACAGCGUCCACCUAACUGCCCCUACUAUAAGGGUCGCUAAGCUCACUAUUGGUGAUAAGAACUACACUACAUCCCAGCUGGCUACAUAUGCCCAAACUACAGAGGGUUCCUUCAGGUUUGUUGGAGCUUCUUCAAGCAUAGAUGGAGCUCAGCUUUAUGUAGAAGAUCCUGAACCAUGUACAGAUGUGACUGGUUGUUUCUGUACGAACCAGGAUGCUGAAGCUAAAAUAUGUGGAAUCAAAUCCUCCAAGUGUCCUUCAGCACCUUGUGAUUCAGCACAAACUAUGGAGGGAUUCUGCUGCCCUGUUUGUGGUGCAGAGGUCAUUAUUAGCCACAAUGGCUCGCUGCCUCUUCAAAGUAUUUUGACAUUGCUGCAGAAACACAUGAAAACAGUAGUAGCAAACAAUGUGCAAGGAUAUGCAGCUAAAAUGGGUGAUGGACAGUAUCACGUUUACUUUACUUCAUCUUCUGAAACAGGCGAUUACAAAGCAGCUUCACAAAGUUUCAAAGCUAAAUUUGAGAAAGAGCUCAAUUCAAGGGGAGUCCAUGCAGCCAUAGUAUCAUUCUCUGGCAGCAUUAUUCCACAAGCUGAUUCUACAUCCAACAACUUACUGUCCAUCUUCAUCACUCUCACCAUUAUAUUUGCGGUGGCUGCUGCUGUAUAUUACUUCAAGCAACGCAGGGCAACGUCGCAGCUAUCAUUUAUGUUCCGUCGCCUGGAGAGUAGCAGCCGGAGAGUGUCAGUUGCGAGUCAUAUGGGUGACAGACGCGCUUCAACCUCCUCCAGUAUUUUUACAUAUACGAGAGAUGGAGGUCUACGAUUCCAGAACCCUAUUUUCAAUCAGUCUAUGGCAUCGCUAGCAGAAGCUAAUGCUACAUCAGUGAUUAAUGAAAGUGCUCUUGGUGAACAACUAGAUGGAGAAAGAGAAAAUCCAGUUUAUAAUGCAUAUGAACAAAUGUCUCCUGAGGAACGACAGGCAAAUGAGGAAACACUCCAAGCCCGAGAAAGAAUUCUGGAGGCAGCAGGAGACCUUGCAGCUGUUCUUGAAUCAUCUGUUCAAAACAUGGAUGCAAAGCCUGAAACAUCCAGGACAGAUCUUGAAGUCAUAGCAGAAGAAAAGGAAGCACGAAUUGUUGUAAAUGAAGAAGAACCAGAUAAAGAUAACAUCGAAGAGACAUCAGACAUAGAUCCACUGGGAAUAACAAUUGCAAGCUUCCCUGACAAAGAUUCUUUGGACAGCUUGGAUACAUCACUUCCAGAAAAGUCCACAGAAACAGUGAAUGACACAGUUUCUCAAGUAGAUGAAUUUCAAAUGGUAUUAGUAGAUGAGCCAGGAGCCAGCCUUGUGAAUAUUGAUGGUCUUGCAACAGAAGAAACAUCUCAGGGCCUAAUUACAGAAGGAAAGCAAGAUUCCCCAAAAUCAGAUGAAACAUCUGAUGUAACUGAUGCUGCUAAAGAUGAUAAUGAUGAGUCAUCACUUGAGAAGGGAGAAAAGGAUGAGGAGGAUACUAUGGAUAUUCAGGGUUUUGAACCUUUUGGAGACUUUAGUUUUGACAGUUAAGGUGUUUUUAGAUUAUUAGUGGCAAACUUCUUGUAUUGAAAAUUAUCCCUUUAUAAAAAAAACGUGUUUAUUGGUUUAGUAACCUCUAACAUUAUAAUAAUACAGUAAAUAUAAUGAAACAUCAUCUAAAUAAAACUUGACUUUUGUUGGGUUAUAGUUGUAAUAUAAAUAUUUACUUUUCAUCUUUGAAAUACAGAUAGUCCCCUACUUAAGAACAUUCUACUUAUGAACAUUCCAUACAUACAAACAAAAUUUUUUAAGUACUAAAGUCCAAAAAAUUGUUUGAAAGAUGCUAGCAAACUUCAAAUUUCCCGGGCAUGAACAUAGUUCAAGAGUCUGGUACUGUAUAAGAUAUGUCGUACAUAUUGGGAUUUAUUUACAGGUAUUCUUAAUGUAAACAAAACUUUAAAACAAUGGUAAAAAAGGCAAUGGAGACCCGACUUUCGAUUUACAAACAAAUCAACUUACAAACAGCCUCUCAGUCCCCAUUUUGUUCUUAACCCAUUGCCGCCGGGGAAAAUUAACAAAAAAUGGGGAGAAUGCAGUACUCAUUUUUUAUAUUUUUGUGAAAUAUAUCUGUCCAUAGAUGGCUCUUCUAGUCCUGAUUUCACCUUUCCUUGAAUUGGCGGGAAAAAACGUAUUCCUACUAGUGCUAUAAAUAUAGAUGGUGUUAUUUUUAACAGCAAAUUAGGAUAACGUUAAAUAUUUUCGUAAAUCGAUGAAAAGGGUGAAUGGUCGAGACAGGCAGAACUCGUAAUUGGCUCAUUGGAUACUUAGUACAAGUGUAGCCAUCUAUGUGUAAAAACAAUCGAACAAGUCGACUCGCAGUGGCCAUGGCAUGUACGUACAUGCCAGCCCCGGCGGCAAUGGGUUAAGUUGGAGACUUAACCCAUUGAAUCACAUACUUGACAUUACAGUUUACUGAGGAACUUACAUUUACAUGUAAUGGAAAUGUAUUAAAUAAUUACUUAGCA